CAGCAGGCAGGGCUGGGUGUAUGGGCUCAGACAAAAGCACUUUGCUGCCUUCUGGAAAAGCCAGAGUUGUGCAACCCUGCUAAUUAUUGCAUCUCUUUAUGGUUGCAAUUCCUGUCAGCCCUUCAGUUCCGGAAACAGCCUACUUCUCACGUCACAAGAGAGCUUUUCUGAUAGGAUUAUUUCAAUACUUGUACCUAUUGAGGUACCCUUCCUUUAUUCCUAGUAUUAUGUAACCUCAUAUUAACUGCAUAUUCCUUAUUGUUUUAUGAUUUAAAUACAGCUCUGCAUGUUUUCGUAGAGGGGAGCACAAGAACUGGAUUUUCUUCUCCUCUUUUCCGUACCUCAGCCUUGAAGGGAUCCUUUUCAUUUAGAAUCCGUGUCUUCUCUUAAGUAAUUGAUCACUGUGCACCCGGGGACACCCAAUUCACAGCCGAGUGGGAUCAGCCUUCAUGAAUAACCAAAAUGCCGUGGCCAUGCUGCUGCAGGAGUGCAAGGGAGCUCUGGACGCGCUCCUGUCGGCAAAGGCUGACGCGGGCGAGGAAGUCGAGCGAGAAUACCGGAGGUGCCAAGCUUUGCUUCCUGAGGACUUGAGGACCCUUCUGGAGGAGGCAAAGGAAAUGAAGUGGCCCUUUGUGCCAGAGAAGUGGCAAUACAAACAAGACCUCAGCCCAGAAGACAAAACAAACCUGCAAGAUAUGAUCAGCGCGAGGCUCCCUGAUUUGCUGGUUUAUUUGAAAGCCUCCAUCAUGGUCAAGGACUGUGUAACCGCAGCUGCUAUUGUGUUCCUGAUUGACCGGUUCCUGUAUUGGAUUGAUGCCUCCAGCAAACUUCUUCAGAUUGCCAAAGGUCUGCACAGGCUGCAGCCUACCACGCCGAUCAGUCCUCAGGUGCUCAUCCGCCAAGCUCGCCUCUCUGUCAACACAGGUAAACUUUUAAAAGCUGAAUAUAUCCUAAGCAGCCUUAUUAAUGACAAAGGAGCAACAGGUACCUGGAAAUAUGCUAAAGAAAGCGAUAGGAUUCUCGUUCAGUCAGUCUGCUUACAAAUCAGAGGACAGAUUCUGCUAAAGCUUGGGAUGUGGUAUGAGGCAGCAGAGUUGAUUUGGGCUUCAGUUGUGGGUUAUUCCAAACUUCCUCAACCAGAUAAAAAGGGAAUUGCUACUUCCUUGGGUAUUAUGGCAGACAUCUUUGCUUCCAUGAAUGAGAAGGAUUAUGUACGUUUUAAAACCAAUGCCAAUAUUGACCUGAGCCUUCUCCGAGAGUUCAAUCAUCGCUUGCUAUCAGCUGCUGAGGCCUGCAAACUAGCAGCAGCCUACAGCCAGUACACCCCGCUGUUCGUCCUCACAGCCGUGAACAUCCGUGGGGUGUGUUUGCUGUCCUAUAGUCACUCCAAGGACUGUCCCCCAGAAAAGAGAAAAUUCUACUUGUCUGAAGCCAAAGAAUCCUUUGAGAUCGGCCUUCUCACCAAGAAUGAUCAGAGUCCUGUCACCAGCAAGCAGGAGCUCCAUAGUUUCAUUAAAGCUGCUUUCUGCCUCACAACUGUGCAUCGGUGGCUCUAUGGGGAGAGCGAGAAACUCGGUGAGGUAAGUCAACUCUGUAGAGAAGCCAUGGGAAAACUGCACUCAUACAGCACUUCCGUUACAGAAGAGGAAGAGAAAGGAAUGCUUGCCAAAGAGAUCAUGGCUCUGAUCACAACUGUGAAGAAGCUCCUGCAGGUGGAAAGCUUCCCUAAUUCUGAUGCCAGGUCUUAUGUUCCAGACAGUUACAAAGGCACAGUGGAAAAACCUAUCCUGCAAGGGGAAGCCAACUUUGAGAAAAUCCUUGCCAUGCAUUCUCAGCAUCAUCUGUCAGUGUGUGAAGUGUUUGAAAAUACUUGCAGGAGUCAUAAAACCACAACAGGAGGAACUCAAGUGGGAGCUUGUAUCACAACCUUAAGAACAGAAACCAAAAACAUAGACACUAUGUGUACUGCUGAAGAAAUAGUGUACCAGAGGAAAGGCGCUACGGAAAUGCUGAAUUCACCAACAGCAGGAAUUAUCUCAGAGAGACUCAGUGGCCAGAGAGAUAAAUGUAUUGGUUCUGAUGUGAUGAAAAUUUCCAUCACUGAAGGGAUUGAGCCAUUAGAAGUAGAAAUAAAUGAUGAAAACAGUGUUUUCAGCAGAUGGCGAAACAGGAGUCAAACCACUACUUCAGAGAGCUCUUGGUGCAAGCUGUCAAAAUCAAGUCACUCUUCCAGCUGGGAGGAACUAAACCGUAAUAGCAGUAAUGAGUCUCCCAGGGAAGGGCAGCAGCAGGAAAAGGGCUCAGCAGAGGAGCAAUCUUGUACAAAAGAGUCCAAUGAAAAUGGUCAAGCUGCAUACUUGCACUCAUUGCCUCCCAGAGCCUGGCAUUCUUCUCCUCCAGAGCCUCUGCGUAGCUGUGGAAGAUCUCCUCAGCCUUCCUUAGCGGUAGAUACAUCUCUAGCUGGGAGAUUUGUGGAAAAGGCAUCUCUUUGCAGAGAAGAGCUGUGGGAGGAAAGACACCAAGGAAGCAGCUCUUUAGAAAAGAAAGCAAGGGAGGUGAGCAACAUGGUUACUUCACUUUCCACCCCUUACUCUGUUGCUACCAGGCCCGAGGAGGAGGAAGAGAAGGCCUCCUCCUGGGUGGAGCUGGACUGCAGGAGCAAGGACAGCAGCAGGGAGGGCAGCGAUGGCAACACUGCAUCCCGACCCCAGGGCCCGUGUGCGUGGGUCCACCCAGAAGGAGAAACUGCAGACAGAACAGAUGAUUCCUCGUUUGAUGCACAUCUCCGAACAAAUGGAGGUGCUUCAGUACUAUCGACGAGCAUUGAGUUGAAAAGGGCCAGUGAUUCCUUUGUGCAUGACGGGCUGAGGAAUUCUGCCGUGGUGAGACAUGGAUCUUUCAAAGUGCCUGAAGUUGAUGCCCAGGCAGAAACUGCAGAUUACACUGAAUUUGAUUUAAUCAGUACUGGAGAUUCAGGAAACAACUAUCCUGCGGCAUCUGUUCCAAAGUAUCAGUCAACUCCCAGUACACCUGCAGCUUUGCCCUUGCGUAGAAAGAUACCCAUAACCAAGCACUUUGACUCUGCCACUACUGAAGAAGAUGAAGAAAAGUCUCAGGACAUGGUGAGCAGCAAGAGACAAUCCAGUUCAUCUCUGAGUUCAUCAUACAAAUCAGCACAGGUGCCCAAGAGUUCCCCUGAAAGUUCAUUUCUGAACUCAAGGGGGAGUGGUUUUGUCUUCAUUCCUGGCAGAACGAAUGAAGAAAUCCUUGAUGCUCGAUUUCUGAGGGAUGAUGAUUACAUGCAGCUUCUGGCAGGAGUAGAACAUAAUUGGCUUGUCCAGAGACUGACGCCUACUGGAUUUUUUAAGUCUAAACAGCUUCGUAAAGCAUACUCUGCUCUUCUUUUAAAGUACUCGAAGAAAUCAGGUCUCUGGACAGGCCAAGAAACGGCUGUAUUCAUCGGGGACUACCUGAAUGUGGCAAAGGAAGGCAAACAGAGAAGUGCGUUUUGGAUACAGUUCCUGCACCAAGAAGAAAUCCUGGGAAGGUAUGUUGGGAAAGAAUACAAAGAUGAAAAAGGACUUCUUCAUCAUUUCAGUGAUGUGGAACGGCAAAUGACUGCCCAGUACUACGUGACAGAAUUCAACAAAAGGCUGUAUGAGCAAAAGGUUCCUACCCAAAUCUUUUAUAUCCCAUCUGCAGUACUCCUGAUACUGGAAGACAGAACUAUAAAAGGAUGUGUGAGCGUGGAGCCCUACAUCCUUGGGGAGUUUGUGAAGCUGUCCAAUAACACAAGGGUUGUAAAGAAUGAGUACAAAGCCACAGAGUACGGUCUGGCCUACGGCCAUUUCACCUAUGAGUUCUCCAAUGGAACAGAUGUUGUUGUUGAUCUGCAAGGCUGGGUGACAGGUAAUGGGAAAGGCCUCAUCUACCUCACAGACCCCCAGAUUCAUUCUCUUAAUAGCAAGGAUGUUUCACACUCCAACUUUGGGAAGAAAGGAAUAUUUUACUUCUUUAAUGAUCAACAUGUGAAGUGCAACGAAAUCUGUCGCUGCCUUUCUUUGACAAGACCCUCGGUAGAGCUGACAACGUAGACUUGCACAGGACAGUCACACAAAGAAUGGUGCAGAAGCUGGGCAGUAUAUUAUCCUACACACCUUUAGGAGCAUAUUGUCUCCAUGAGAACAGAGACACUGAGACAAUACCCAUGUGAGUUGGGUCAGUCAUUAUCUCCACAAGUUUGGCAAGUUCUGGCCUUUGCAUCCAGGCUGGUAAUACCAUGUUACCAACUUGUGUACCAUCUGAACCUUGUGCACUUAUAGCCGUCUGUAAUAAUUAACAGAAGAAUGUAAGAAGAGCAAGAAAACAGGCUCCCAAAUUCAGCUAGAAGUGUACUACAGGACUGUAUGAACUUCUAAUCUAUUCAGACCCAGUAAGGGGAAUAGGCACCAUCUGCUCUUUGGAAAUGGAAUAUGAGAUAGAGUGAGACAGAAGCAGGGAGUUGUAUUUCAACCAUCUGUAGAAUUUUCAAAAACUUCUCUAAAUGCUUCAGGGAGCAAAUGGUAAUGUUUUGAUUUGCUUAAAAAAAUAACAGUUCUUUCAGGGGUGUGUGUGUGUAUGUGCAUACGUGACCACACAAUAUCUAAACAGUUGGAAAUAUGGUUUUAACUUUAACAGCCAAGAAAGCUGUGCUGCUCUGCAAGGGACAAAUAGUGUUCUUGAACCAAGAGAUGCUUUACACGAAUAAUUUAGGACUGCUACAUUUCACAAACUCUCUGAAGACUUUCUCAAAGAGAAGAACAGUUCUCACUUAAGGACAGCACAUCUCUUCUGCCUGUAAUGAAACUGUGAGCACCGCAGAUUUGGUGAGCAAUUCCAUAACUGAUUCCCACAGAUAAUCUUACGGGACAUGAGUGUAGCUGCUUGUACAAAGGAGCAUUUCUGGGGGGAGUCCAGCAUCUAGUAAGCCCAGAGAAAGCAGCCUCAGUACCAGUUUUGGUUCCAGCUGGGCAGGCAAAUCACCCCCCUGCCUCCCUUUGAGCCUCUGUCAUCCAGCCUCAGAGAGCUGUGAGGUAGAAGAUGUUCACAAACGAGGGGCGCCUUUCUCAGCCGAAUUUCCAGCAGAAGCAGACAGCAGGAGACUUGCAGUUCACUGCCAGUGGCAAGGACGACGCAUCCGAUGGGUUGUGCCUCAGUGGUGGUGGAGGCACAGCCCGCAGAGCUUCCAAGCUGCUGAACAUCCCAGAAAAUACAUUAAUGAGAGUAAAACAGAUGCCCAGUAAUACUGAAGCGAUACUUACACACUUCCCCUACCAACAACCCACACCAAGAUCCUGAUCCUCCCACCCCACCCCACUCAUAGAGCCAAAGACUACAAAUUUGUACUUCCAUGACGGGAGGUUUUCUUGACAACUUUACUAUCACACGUGCAAACAGCUGCACAUAGUCCAUGAACUCCAAAUUUUAGCAGUAUUUUUGUUAUUCUUUGUGCUUGUUCUUGAGCACACUUGGAGAGCCCCUGAUUUUUAACACCAGGACCAAACAGCCUGUGGUGUGUAUGCUGGCCACAUGCUUCGGUAGUGCCUGCCUGGGUUAGAGGCAGCUGCAGCCUUUUACUUUUUAUGAAACGAUCUUCUUUUUUUUUUUUUUUUUUUUUUUUUUUUGGCGGGGGGUGUGUUGUUUUGUUAUUUGGGUUGGGUUUUUUUUAACCACAGCUUGCAAUUCAUUCACGUGACCUACAUGUGACACCUGCAGCAAUUCACGUACCGAUAAGCGCUCGGCCACUUCCAAGAGACCUAACUGCUGUUCUGCCACGCAAAUUUCAGAAACAUGUAGAGGAAAGCAAUGCCCUCCCAACUUUGUGAAUUCUAGAUGAAUAGUUGAAAUCUUUUUUUUUUGCCCUGCACACUCUGGCUAGCUGAAAAGAGUAAAACCUUCUGGCCUGGUCAGAUGACAUAUACAUGCACUGUGAAGAAAACAGCCAUAAAAAAAGAGGGGAUGGAAGCUCCUCAUUCUAAUGCUGUGCCCCUUUUAAUGCUGAAUUAAGCCAGGUGGGACGUCUGGUUGAAAAAAAAAGCCACCAAACCCAAAACCUAUUGGCAAUAUUACCCAAAUUCAGACUAUGAUGAAAGAAGCAUGUUAGAAUAGGCGGACUAAUGCAUUUUAGUCCUAAAAAAUUCAACUGCCCAUUUUACAUCUGCUGCGGACAGACUUCCAAUGAGUUACUUGGCCAGGAUAAGCAGCCUUCAACCUUCAUUUCCAAUGGGUGGGCUUCCAGGAAAACGCUUGUUUCAGCCUCUGUCAGGGAUGCAGCGCAGAUUUUGUUUAAAAGCAGAGGGCAUGUCUUUGCAUUUACAGGUUGCAGUGAUCUUACGUUCUUCCAGCACACCUUUACUAGUGUUACUAGCCUAACCGGCAGGAGAAAAACUAUGAGAAAGUUCAAGCAACGGUUAUACGUAUUCCCCUUAAUAGUGCCACGUAGGACUGGAAUAACACAGAACUGGAGCUAACAUUUGUCUCUGCCUCUCCAGCAAAAAGAAACUAUCAGAAGACCUAGAGUUUACUCUUCCAAGACCAUGGCAGCACCUCCAGAAUGUGUGUGUGCGCACGCAUAUGCGUGUGCACUCCCAUGUGUAUUAUGUUUGAAAAAUGGUAAGCAGCUUUCCCACUCCAUCAGCAGUGAAAAGUUGCCUUAAUUUCAAAUUCUCCUCUUCUCCUCCAAAGCCCUGAUGUGCCACUGCCCCUGUGCUCAAAGGCUGGGAUUGUUUCUUUGGGGAGAUUUUCUUGAUGAGAAAAGGAACACAGCAUCAAACUUCCACAAAAAGAUGGGUCCCCAACAGAGAGUUAGCUUUAACAAAACCAUCCGCUUUUGUUUCUGCAGCCAGCAGAGUUUUUUUAGGCUUUUGUUCCUGCUUUUUAGCAAUGCUAUUGUUUUCUAGGUGAUGUUUUUGCCGAGUUGUUUGGAAAGAUGCCCUAUCACUGCACCGACCGAUUAGAACUAGGUGUAAAGAGGGAGAAGCAAGAGAAGAAAAAAAAAAUUAAAUCUCUUUAUUAUGGUGCAUAAACCUUCAGUGUUGGGGAUCUGGGCAGCUGCGCAGGAAGAAAAAUGCAUUCAAAAAUAUAAUGCUAGUGUGAAUAAUCCUUUCUCGAAUGCUGCUUGCAGACUGCGUCAGCUUUGUCAGGUGAACUUGAACUGGGCCAUCAGAUUUGCUGCCGUUCCCAUUGCACACUGUCUAUCACCCCGGGGCAUUCACCAUCUUGACUGUUGUUAAAAGCGAGCAAACAAUCCAUCAUUGAGCCGGGGAGUCACUCGCUCAUAGAAAAGUGAAAUCGGCAUGUGACGGUACACUCGGCCCCAGUGUUUUGCAGAUUAAAGUGAUACAUGAAAACUCACGUGUUACUGGGAAGAUUAAGUCCGUUAUCUUGUUCUGCAGCCAAUAAAGGACGGCCUUGUCCGCAGCAGUGGGGAAAUGCUGGCUUUAACCAAGUGACAAACGCUGUGCGUGCAUAGCUUCAUGCUCCGGCAAAAGGGAGCACCGAGCUCUAAAGGGGAAACAAAGCUAGUUAGCAAGAUCUCGGGAAUUAAUAGGCAGCGGAGAUGCUGUGUUAAAGCCUCUCUGCAGAGGCUUUCCCUUCUCUAUAGAGACAAUUAAAAGCAAAACAAAACCUCCCGGACAAUCUCCGCAGAACAAAGUGUGCUAAUGCGCUGCCAACAGCUAGCCCCGCAGUGUCUGCUCUAACAGCACAUGCAGUUUCAAGACCCCUGAAAAGUGAUGCCUUUUCCAGCGUGUGCCUCUUGUUCAAAGAAAGAAAAGAAAUAUGUAUUGAGAUACGCUCCUGAAUAAAUCCAUCUGUGGGAUUUUGUAAUAUUUUGAUUUCUUCCUAGUAUUUGCAUUUAGCAGCUGAUUUCUUUUGCAGCCUACACUUUACUAAAGUUAUGGUUACUCACAGUUAUAAGUUAGUAUCAAGUGUCAGCUUGUCCAGUUCGCUGUUAAAGCAGAUAUCAUCAUAUUUAACCCUGUAGCUUCUACUGGUCCUACUCUUUACAGGCUUGGGCACAAAAUCAGGGGUAUCAGUCCUUCACAAAUGCAGGCACUCUGUCUUCAUCCGGGCUUGGAUACUAGAAAUCCUGGAUCAAUGUGCUCUAUAACCUCAUUGCCUGAAGAACUUAGAUGCAUGCGUGGCCUGAAACACACCGAACUUAAAUUAUUGGUUCGUAUUUGUGGUAUAAACAGGUGAUUAUUGGGCAAGAUAGAUAGUUGACUCAGACUGAUGGUGGAGCAUUUAAUAUUGUAGCUGGAAAUUUCAUCUUAGAGCUACUGACUGAAAAAAUGGUGUUCUGAUAUUUUCUCUGAUUUCAGAAGAAAGUAAUUUGAACCAGUGAAGACGUAGGGAAUACUUUUUGCUUUUUUCCUUUUUUUUUUUUUUUUUUAGGAAUUCAGUGGUUUAUAUUA